AUGCAAUUACUCCAGCUAUCGAUUUUUACUCUGGCAGCGGUGCUUAUGGCAUCACUUCAUGCUGAAGGGGUUACAUCCGAAAUUGGUUCCGCCGAACGUAAACUUAUUCAAGCGGAAGAAAGCAUUGGAUCAACUGCACCUUCAACCAAAAAUUCCCAUGAGAAAAGGGGAUUGGAGAAGCGUAAGAAGAAAAAGGGUGGUGGCCGUGGUGGAGGAGCCAAGAAGAAAAAGGCUUAA